UCAGUUGCGACAGUGUAAAGUGAAUGCUAGGAAAACAUAAUUUUUUUAAAUUGAAUUUAAAUAAUUACAAUAAGAAUAUUUGACAUCAAAUAAGUACUUUUCAAAAAUGUCAGCCGUAGGUGAUAAGAGGCGUAGCGCCUCUGAAGAGCGCGAACAAAGUGAACCCAAAGAUAUUGUCGUGGCCAAUAACAAUGAUGAUGAUGAUGAUGCUUGGAUUGGUCCUAUGCCGGAUGAGCAAUCAGCUGCAUCGAAACCGAAGAAACGCAAAACAUUACCAUAUGAAAAAGUGUAUUUGGAAAACCUUCCCAAUGCUGAAAGCUAUGAAAAAAGUUAUAUGCACCGCGAUGUAAUAACACAUGUGGUGAGCACCAAGACGGAGUUUAUAGUGACUGGCAGCUAUGAUGGGCACAUUAAAUUUUGGAAAAAAAUGGAGGAGGGUAUCGAAUUCGUAAAACAUUUUCGAAGUCACUUGAUGCCAAUACACUCCUUAACAACCAACGCAAGUGGUACACUACUGUGCUCAGCUUCUGCAGACAAAUGUGCAAAAAUAUUCGAUGUGGUAAAUUUCGAUAUGAUAAAUAUAAUUAAGUUGGGUUUUACCCCACUAUGCACAGAAUGGAUACACUCUUCGGGUGAUGCCGUUCAUACUUUGGCAGUUUCAGAUAAAGAUAGCAAUAAGAUUGUUAUUUACGAUGGCCAAGGUAAUGGCGACGUGUUGAAAAUUUUGGAAAAGCUUCACUCUGCACCUGUAGUGGCAAUGUGUUACAACUUGCCGUUUGAAACUGUAAUUUCUGUUGACAAAAAUGGUAUACUAGAGUAUUGGCAAAACUCUAAACAUGACUAUAAAUUCCCACAAAAACUUGUAGCGUUUGAUUCGAAGCUAGACACAAGUUUAUUCGAGUUUGCAAAAAACAAAGCCUUAGUCACUGGUCUUGCGGUAUCGCCUGAUGGCCGUCGAUUUUCUACCAUAUCAAAUGAUCGAAAAGUAAGAGUGUUUCAGUUUAACACCGGCAAAUUAAUACGCGUAUUUGAUGAAGCAUUAACUACAUAUACACAAAUGCAGCAAACUCCACAUGCAUUACCUAAUAUGGAGUUUGGCAGAAGGAUGGCUGUGGAAAGAGAUUUGGAUAAGUCUGAGUUUAGCACAAACAAUAAUAUACUCUUCGAUGUCAGUGGACAUUUUAUAAUGUAUCCCACCAUGUUAGGCAUUAAAGUAAUUAACAUUGACACAAAUAGAUGUGUUUCUAUUUUAGGGAAAACGGAUAACAUACGUCCAUUACAUAUAGCCUUAUUUCAGGGAAAAGCGAAAAAAUCUAAGGCAGCUAUAACUAUGGAACAGGAGGCUAGCGAUAAUCCUACCUUGCAAUCCAUUGCUAAUGAUUCUACGAUGUUUUGUGCUGCCUAUAAAAAAUCACGCUUUUAUCUAUACAGUCGUCGAUUGCCAUCCGAUUUACAAGAUGUUGAUCGGGAUGUAUUUAAUGAAAAACCAUCGAAAGAAGAUAUAAUUGCAGUGCCAGAAGGACAAGAUGAAGGUACACAACGUGUUUACGAAAACGCUAUUUUGCACACAACAGUGGGCGACAUACAUAUGAAGCUAUUCUUUAAAGAAUGCCCUAAGACAGUUGAGAAUUUUUGUGUUCAUUCCAAAAAUGGCUACUAUAAUGGUCACAUCUUUCAUCGUGUUAUAAAAGGCUUCAUGGUGCAAACCGGGGAUCCUACAGGCACAGGAACUGGUGGCAAAUCAAUAUGGGGACACGAUUUCAAAGAUGAGUUCGUUCCAAGUCUCAAGCACGAUCGUCCUUAUACUGUUAGUAUGGCAAAUGCUGGUCCCAACACUAAUGGCAGUCAAUUCUUCAUUACAGUUUUGCCGACGCCAUGGCUAGACAACAAACAUACGGUGUUUGGCCGGGUGUUUCGUGGAAUGGAAGUUGUACAAAAUAUUUGCAAUGCAAAAGCAAAUCCAAAAACAGAUAAACCUUAUGACGACAUCAAAAUCAUAUCAAUUCGAUUGAGUAAUUAAUAAUUUCGACAUUCGAAUUUUACAUUGAGAUGAUGGCAAAAUCACAAUUCUUAUAAUUAUUUUAAAGUAGUUUAUUAAUAGAUAUUUAUACGCUGAACAAGUUAUGUUAAGUUUGCCAAGAAGUUUGUGACACCCAGAAGGAACGCCUGCCUUUUUGUCUUUAUAUACACGAACUGGUCCCUUAGUUCUUGAGAUAUAGAUCUGAAAUUUUGCACACGUUCGUUUCUCCACAAAAAGCAUUUCAUUUGUCGGAACCGCCAAUAUCGGAGCACUACGUCGACAAACUGAACGGUCAGAAUCAAGUACUUGAAUUUGGCAAGAUUUUUGCAUAAAAUUUGACAAGGAUUAUUACCCAAGUCAACGGUGCAAUCUCCGAACAAGCUUUUUAGAUUAAAUCCCUGCUGCAUUCUUGUACAAACUGAACGAUCAAAAUAAUGUCCUUCGGAAAACUUUUUUAUUUGUGAAAGUGUUUCGGUGCAGCCGCAG